GGGCGGAGUCAGGGCCGGAGGCACCAGGGCGAACGUCUAAUCCCUGAUCCCCAGUUUUGGUGGAGCGUUCCUGGCAAACUGAUGAUUGUAUGGGACGUCUAAUCUCUAGUUGCUCACCCCUCUACUUUACCACAGGGCUAGAAAUCGAUUUGAGGAAAUCUGAUACCAAUGAGCGGGCGGGAAGACAACCCCAAUGCUAAUUUCUCUAUUUACGGAAGUUCUGUCCCGGCCUCCUCAGACUGGUGUCGGCUUCCUUUUUCUCCACACCUGUAGCCGCCUUGUUUUUAUCGUUUUCGGCACCUGCCCUUCCCCAGCGCACCCACCACCCCGGGCACUAUGUAUGACCGGGCUCCCCGCCUGCUCAAAUUGGCUGAAGGUGGCAGCACUGAGGCCCAUGUGGGUCCUGGAUCCUACCAGGUACCUUUCCUGAAGCAGCAGACGACAGGUAGUUAUGCACCAUUUCUUUCUUUGACUGCCAGAGAAAGUACUUUUACCAUUGCCUCUAGCAUUGAGAAAGCUGUUCCAGGUCCAGGACACUAUAAUGUUUCAGAAGCACAGAAAAUUUCAAGAGCACCUGCACUUACCAGAAGUGUUGAUGUUCCUUCAAUUCCUUCUUGUGGAAAGUCAUAUGGUUAUCAUAUUAAUGAUGAUGGCAGUAUUAUAAAAUGUUUUCCACCUGCUAGUGACAGUACACUUGGUCCAGCGUAUUACAAACCUCAAUUUGAUGUUUCCAAUGCAACUUUGAAAUACAAAGGUAUACAUUUUGGCAACUCUUCAGGAAGACAGGAGUUACCUAAAAAGUCAGGUCCUGGUCCAGGAGAGUAUGAUAUAGUUCAGAAAAAGACAUCAUAUUAUGAAAAUGUUAACAUCCAGAGAGAUCAGCAACAAAAUUAUUGCUCAUUUGUCCCUCGACUAUAUGAAAUAAUAGUAUUGCAGGAGAAAAAAAAGAGAUUUUUACCUGUGAAAUCAAUCACGCCGGCUCCUGGCGCAUAUAAUGAACCUCGAACUGCUCUCAAGUCCUUGAAGAAAACAUCAGGACUGAAAAAUAUUCCAUUUGGUCAAAGUGCUGUUCGAUUCACACAGGACAUCAGGACAGAGGAAAUGCCAGGUCCUGGGUUUUAUAAUAUCUUGAACAAUACUAUAAUUGCCAGUGUUAGAAAUAUCUGCUCAAAGAAACAGAAGAAAAGUGCAUUUGGUUCUUCUGUUCCUCGGACUUUCUUCUUGGUUCAGAAAGAAGCUUCUGCUACCCCUGGGCCUGCCGAUUAUCAGGCAUGUUGGCAUUCACAGGGUGGUGGAAUUUCUGAUGAAUUACCUAACCUGACUAACAAAUAUGCUGCUUUCUUGUCAAGAGCCAAAAGAACUAUGAAAGUAUCAGAUAUGGUUACUCCAGCGCCAGGCAGCUAUGAUGUUCACAAAUCAUAUGAGAUGUCCCAAGUUAAGCAUAAAUAUAUGCCACCUCGUAGUUUAGUGGCUAAAAGAAAACAUGCCUCUUUUCUUAGUGCAACUCCUCGGUGCCUAGAAAAAAUGACUGAUGGGCCAGGUCCUGCAGCAUACAAUCCUGUUUUAAGGAAAUCUUGCCCCAUACCCUUAUUUGUGAAAGCAUCAAAGCGCUUUGAAGAGUCCAGAGAGAUUACUCCAGGCCCAGCAACAUAUGAGAUAUCCCAGGAGAAAAAGAAAGGAAAUCUCAUUGGUGAAAUGGCUGCUGAUAUAAUGUGGCAUAAAUAUAUAGCAAAAACUUAAAAAACAACUUCAUGGAAGUCAGUUUAUUUCUUAGUCAUUUUAACAAAAUUUAUUCCAAAUCUAGGAGUAAUAAAAGCAUAAUUUUCAAUUGUUCAGGCAUUUGCUCAGGCUUUAGUGACUAUAUGACACAACCACGGAGAAAUAAACCAUGUUAAGAC